GACCUCGGAAAUCCUGUGCGAAUAAAGUUUCUACCCUCACUAGCAUUUAGUAUCGCCCGCUAACGUUCCACCAGGGAUCAAGCGAUCAACCCUCCAAACAAGAACUGGACUGGCCUCGGAGCUUCUCGAAGCGUCAUCUAGCACUCAAAUCGAAAAGAGUGAGGGCCCUGGACUGGAAACGUCACGAUAACAACAUCUAUAAUAAGAUCACACACUGGAUUGAGGUGAUCGGUGAGGUUUUAAAGGACCCGGCCAUACUGUCGGACAAUGUCUACAAUAUGGACGAGACCGGAGUCAUGUUAUGUAUGAUCGGCCACUACCCAUCGAAGCACCUGGACCACGUUCCGCAUCCCUGGGUGGCACUAUGCGCGUGCUCGGAGUGCGUCCUGCCACGUUCCUCGCUGACAGCGGCGUAGAAAUCGCUUCUCCGUCGCGAUUUUUGGGGCCAAACCCCAUUCUUCCCUAGGCACAUCCACUCACCCCAUGUCGUGUUGGAUGUGAGAUUUGACCCCUGCAAUUACGGGUCCAGCUGGUUCGACGAACUGUGAUCGUGGCACUGAAAGUGCACUAUUGGAACAUUGGCAUUGUGCCUAGAGUAGAGCGUGGCCAUCGCAUGAUGUCCCCCCUGAUGGGAAAUGCGUCUGCCGUUUUGCUCUUCAACUCCCUUAUCUCAAAGGGGAUUCUACGACCUGCGACCUGAGCAUUUACUUUUGCUCUCUAUGUGCGCUCUAUGUUCUGGAUCUGAGUAGUGGCUGCCUGGAAGAAUUACAGUGGGGCGCAGUGUUGGUUUUCUGACCGAUGAGCUGAUAGAGGAGGCGCUACGAUCUCCAGGAGGGUGUCUGUCAUUCGCUCUUGGCUUCAUAUUCUAUCAUUAACCAGCCCUACGGUGCUACUAUACACAUAGCCAUGACCGACGUCAGGGGCGAGACGAGGGGUGACCAGGUCGGGCUGCUCGAAGAAUACAAAUUGGAAGAGUUGAACGAGAGCAGGAGAAGUAUUUUGAGUAGAUCCAGUUCAGACGAGACGUUGCUACCCAUCUCCGGAUCAUCAGACAUAAUACCAGUGAAAGCAGCGCACACCCGCGACUUCAGCGCCAAAACAUUACUCACUCUCCUUCAAGCCUAUGCCCUCGCUUUCUUCGUCGGUCUCAUCCCGAGCUUCCUCCGUCGAUCCCAAGAAACCAAGAAGCUCCAUCCGACAGCAUACCUCGAUGGCCUCCGCGGGGUUGCGGCCUUUAUGGUCUUUAUACACCACACUAUACUCGACUGGUAUCCAGCGCUCUCGCGCGGUUACGGCUCCUCAACACCCCAAAACUCGCACUUCUUCCUGCAGCUGCCGCUGAUCCGCAUCGUCUACUCGGGGCGCGGCAUGGUGUCCGUAUUCUUCGUCAUCUCGGGCUACGUUCUGAGCUACAAGGCGAUCCGGCUGAUGCGCGCGGCUCAGUAUCCUGCGCUACUCGACUCGCUCGCCUCGUCCGUCUUCCGACGCGGUAUGCGCCUCUUCCUCCCCAUCACGGCGUCGACUUUCAUAUCCAUGCUCCUCUCCUACUGGGGCUGGUACAUACGGGACCCGCAAGGGCAUAAUUCUAUCCCGCCGCGGAAAGGCGACUUCUGGUCCCAGGUGAAGGACUGGUGGCACCAUGUCGUGCUGUUGUGGAACCCGCUUGUCAACGUCGAUGGACGGGCGCUGUAUUCACCACCCUAUGAUGGACACCUCUGGACCAUUCCCAUCGAAUACCAUGGCUCAAUCAUAGCCUUUCUCGCGCUCCUCUGCGUCGCCAAGAUGCGACCCUGGCUACGCCUCUGCGCCCUGACUGGGUUCAGCGUCUACAGUCUGUGGGCAACGCACUGGGAUAUAUUUCUCUUCCUCACGGGCGCUUUAUUGUGCGAUGUGCACUUCGCGCGGGACUCCAUCCCCAUGCCCUCCUUCCUAGCCAAGAUCCCCGCCCUCGGCCGCCUCAUCGCCGCCGAAGCCGCCCUCUUCGCCAUCGCCCUUUUCGCGACCCACCUCCUUUGCUAUCCCGACGAACUCGCCUCCGUCACCCCAAGCUACCGUACUAUCGUUUCUAUCACACCCCACUCCAUGUCCUCGGCGGGCCUAGGCCAGCGCUUCUGGCUCGCUGUUGGCGCAACCCUCCUCGUCGCCGUCAUGGAUAUCUCGCCCCUCCUGCAAGCGCCAUUUACAACGCCUAUUGCGCAGUACCUCGGCCGCAUCAGCUUUGCACUUUAUAUCGUGCACGGGCCGGUGCUGUACACGCUCGGAAUGAAGAUGUUGUAUGCGGCAAAGCCGAUUUGGGAUGGAGAGGGAGCGCGGGGGAAGUUUUUCCUGGCGGCGGUGGGGGCGUGGAUAGUGGAUUUGAUCGUUUCUGUGUAUGCUGCUGAUGUGUUUUGGAGGGCGUUCGAUGCGAGUAGUGUGAGGUUUGCGGGCUGGGUUGCGGCGAAGGUGUGGGUGAGGGAGUGAGGUUUGGGAAGUUGGAGAUGGGGGUUGUAUGGAUGGGAAGCGUUGAAGUUACAGUGUGUUAUAUGUAAAAAGAGGGGAGAUGGGCGGCGUUCUUAGAAUAUGUCUUUAUGUUGGUAACUUAACAGAGCCAUACAGUGUGCAGCAAAUCGUGAU